AUGUUCUCGUCAUCUGUUAGGAGGGUUGCUUCUACAGCUCCAUCGAUACCAGUCUCGUCAUCGCUUGCCACGUCGGUAGGCCGAGCGACAGCAGCGCAAGCGCUUUCAUACCGAUCCCACCAGAGACGAUACUCCUCCUCAAAACCCUCAAGUCCGGCAGACGGCUCCAAGCGAGUAACUCAGGGCGUGCAUGCGGCCCCCUCACAGGCGCGGGCAGAAGGGAACAAGAAAGGCUCAAGGGCGAGCAGAAAAAAGACUAAGGUUGGGGUUUCUGAUUCGGCAGAGGAUGAGAUCAUACAAAACCUUCCUAGUGUGCCCAGUACACAGCACAUAGCUCCCCUUCACAUAUCGGCUUCCGAUUUCUUCUCGCUCCACCGCCCCAUCUCCCUCACAAAUAGCUUUCCUGUACCAAUAACAAAUGAUGCGUUUGCAGCCAUCUUCACACCACGCACGACAAGGAAAUCCAAGCCAACGGAUGUUAUGGUAACACUGUCGCGUACUAUCAACAACAUAGAUGCUGUGACAGGUAAAAUGAAGAAUCUUAAGGUGAACACCCAGGAGGAUCAAGACAAUGAAGACGUGGACGAGCUCCGAAGUGCGAUACUCGCCCACACUAACCAGAACUCUGAAACACAACAUCUCGACUCGGUACCAGAAAGACCUAGCAUGAUGUUUCCUCGGCAUAUUUUGUCAGGCAAAUACAUGGCGUUUAAUCCGCCUCCAGCGCCAGUACCUAUGAACACGGUAGAUUCUUUGGCAGCCGGAGCUGAAGCUGCAGAGCAAGGCAAAGAGUCUCAGCUUCGAACAUAUACUACUACGCUUACAAUCAAUGAAUCAACCGAUGAAAAUGGGGAUGUCACAUAUAUAACGCAUAGUGGGCCCUUGAUUGCGGAACAGCCAUACCCACCCGCGGAUGGGUCGUUCUUGCAACGCAUGCGAAUACGCCAGGAACGUUACUGGAUGCAACAGGCCGCCGAGGAAGAAAACGGAAUGUACGCCAUUAGUGUGAAGAGGCAGAGGAAAUUGAAGAUGAAGAAGCACAAGUAUAAGAAGCUUAUGAGGCGUACACGGAAUUUGAGAAGAAGGUUGGAUCGUAACUAG